AUGUCCCCCACCUCCCCUGGACAACGAGUGGACAACACCUCAGGGAUUCAGCAUCACCUGGUGAGGCGGAGAUGUAACGCUUCCAAAGAUGAGAUCAUCGAGCCGACAAACGAGGAGUACAAGCGAGCGAUCCGCUCACCUCCCAAGGUGUUUGUGGAGCUGAAGGAGCUGGUGAUGGACCGGGACCAGGAGGUGCAGUGGAGGGAGAUGGCUCAGUGGAUACACUCUGAGGAGCAAGGACAGGAGGAGAACUGGACCAGGACCCGCUUCACUUCACUGUCCUUCUGCUCCCUGCUGGAGCUACGAGAAACCAUCUGCCAUGGUUCCGUUAUUCUGGACCUGCAGCAGAACUCUCUGCCUGGUAUUGCUCAGCAGGUCGUGGAGCAGCUGCUGAUUUCAGAUCAGAUCAAACAUGAAGAUCGAGACAAAGUGCUGAGAGCUCUGCUGGUGCCACACAGUCACCCCAGUGAUCAGAAGGAUCCCAGCUGGUUCAGCAGGAACAUCUCUGCAGCCAACAUGGCUUCCCUCAUAGACAGAGGAAUCAGCCAAUCAGAGCUUCCCCCCAGCCUGACCAAUGACAGGGAGGCUGCCGUGGAGAGAAAACAGACAGAGGUCCCAUCACUCUGUCAUGUCAGAUCCAAACAAAAGAUCUCCGGGCAAGCUGAGGCCACCAUCAUUCUUGUGGGCUGCAUGGGGUUCCUGGACCAGACCUGCAUGGCUUUUGUGCGUCUGCAGAAGGCGGUCCUGUUGGAGUCUGUGAUGGAGGUUCCCAUCCCUGUCCGGUUCCUGUUCCUCCUGCUGGGCCCUCCCACCUCCAACGACUAUAACCAGAUCGGGCGUUCGAUCUCCACGCUCAUGUCAGACCAGAACUUCUAUGAGGCAGCAUACCGAGCAGAGGAUCGCCAGGAGCUUCUGACAGCUAUAAACCAUUUCCUGGACUGCAGCAUCAUCCUUCCCCCCUCUGAAGUCAGCGGUGAUGACUGGCUUCAGUCCGUCCCUCACGUUCAAACAGAAACACUUCAAAAAGAAGAGAAGAAGGAGAACAAGCAGCUUCAGGAUGAAGGACCCAGUGUUCAGCAGGACCAAGAUUCUUUAGUUCUUUCCAAGUCUGGUGGGGAUCCUCUGAAGCGUUCAGGUCGUCUGUUUGGAGGUCUGAUCAAAGACGUGACGCAGCGCUACCCACAGUACCUCAGCGACAUCCGAGAUGCUCUGAACCCUCAGUGUAUGGCCGCCGUAAUUUUUAUUUACUUUGCUGCUCUGUCUCCUGCCAUCACCUUCGGUGGACUCCUCGGAGAGAAAACGGAGGGUCUGAUUGGUGUGUCGGAGCUAAUGGUUGCCACAGCGAUGCAGGGAAUAGUGUUCAGCAUAUUGGGAGCGCAACCUCUGCUCAUCAUUGGGUUCUCUGGACCACUGCUGAUCUUUGAAGAAGCCUUCUUUACUUUCUGUAAAGACCACGGGAUUGAGUACCUGACUGGUCGGGUUUGGAUUGGCUUCUGGUUGGUGCUCAUUGCCAUCAUCACAGUGGCUUUGGAGGGGAGCAUCCUGGUUCGUUUUGUUUCACGCUUCACUCAGGAAAUCUUCUCCUUCCUCAUCUCCCUCAUCUUCAUCUACGAGACCUUUGCCAAACUAGUCAAGAUCUUUAAGGAGCAUCCAGUUCAAAACUAUCACCAUAGAAACCACACAGGACCUUCAUCUUUUUCCAACUACACCAUAAUCCCAGCAAGUCCUGGAGAAGUUGUUGGAGAACCCAACACGGCGCUGCUGUCACUGGUCCUCAUGGCGGGAACAUAUUUCAUUGCUUUCUACCUGCGGAAGUUCAAGAACAGUUCUUUCUUUCCAGGACGGAUCCGGAGGAUCAUCGGAGACUUUGGUGUUCCCAUCGCCAUCCUCAUCAUGGUUCUGGUGGACUACAGUAUGAAAGACACCUACACCCAGAAACUCAACGUGCCCAGUGGAUUCUCGGUGUCCAGUCCGGACAAACGAGGUUGGCUGGUUUCUCCUCUGGGUUUUGAUGGACAGUUCCCAGUUUGGAUGAUGGGAGCCAGCAUCCUACCAGCCAUCCUGGUCUUCAUCCUCAUCUUCAUGGAGUCCCAGAUCACAGCGCUUAUCGUCAGUAAGAAAGAGAGGAAGCUGCUGAAGGGAACUGGGUUCCACUUAGACCUACUCAUCAUCGUGGUGGUGGGCGGAGUCUCUGCUCUGUUUGGUCUGCCAUGGUUAUCGGCUGCCACGGUCCGGUCCGUCACCCACACCAACGCUCUAACUGUUCUGAGUAAAUCUGUUGUCCCAGAUGAAAAACCUCAUGUUCAGGAGGUCAAGGAGCAGAGGGUCACAGGGUUUUUGGUGGCCGUUUUAGUGGGUCUGUCCAUUGUAAUGGGAGAGGUUCUGUGUCAGGUCCCUCUAGCUGUUCUGUUUGGGAUCUUUCUCUACAUGGGUGUCAUGUCCCUGAACGGGAUCCAGCUGACAGAUCGCCUCAUCCUGCUGCUCAUGCCCCCAAAGUACCACCCAAACCACAACUUCAUCCGUAAGGUGAGGACAUUAAGGAUGCAUCUGUUCACGCUGGUCCAGCUGAUAUGUCUGUCUCUGCUGUGGGUUGUUAUGGCGACAGCUGUGGCACUGGCCUUUCCCUUUAUGUUGCUGCUGACCAUCCCUCUCAGGAUACUGCUGUUGCCCCGCAUCUUCAGUCGCCGUGAGCUGCAGAGCCUGGAUGCUGACGAUGCAGAGCCUCUUCUGGAGGAGAAGGAGGGUGAGGACAAGUAUUCUCAGCCACAGAUGUCUGUGUGA